GGCAAAUGGCGUUGUUGUGGGGCAGUGCUAUUCGUCUUCUUCAAGGAAAUGACAAUUUGCCAAUUUUUCACAGCUGAAAGUUGCCGUACGGUUGUUUCAAUAAGUGCACAAAUGUUCUAGCUGCAUGUUAAUAGUGCGUUCCUGUGUUUAUGUGUCUUCGCUCAAAUUCAGCCGCUAAAUGAUUAUGCUAAACACACGUGGAUUUGUGUACAUUCUCAUCUUCAUCCAAGUCCGCUGUUAAAGUACUUGCCAGGGACAUUUCUGGCUCUCUGUCAGGCGUCGUAGUGUUUUAAAUAAUCGAGCAACAGCGAUGGUAGUUAAUAUUGCAGGUGCUCGCGUGAAAGGGGCGUUUCGAUUCGCUAAAAAGUGCGAUGUAAAUGUCCUGUUUACCGACUUGACGCUUCAGCUGAGACUGCAGAACAUUGUUUCUAACAGCCGUUCAUGCAAGGUGAAGGAAUGACUUGAAGGCCUGACAUGUCUGAUGCUCGUUUCCAAAACCUCUUGUCACGUGAUGAGACACUUUUGGACAAAAACCACACAGUGAGCGAGAUGCUUAGCAAACCAGCUGCAUCCUGGGAGGAACAGAAGUUUGGUGUGGAAAAUGUCCCAGUAGGGCAGACGACGCCAUUCCUGUCACCACCACAGACUGUUGGUCCAGAUCCUGUGCAUGACUUGCCGGCCGAGUUGCUGCAGGUGGGAUGGCGGCGCUUCUGGAGUAAGCGUGAAGGCCGGCCUUACUUCUUCAACAAGCUCACAAAUGAGUCUCUGUGGGAAAUGCCACGGCUCAGCACAUCAGCACAGUAUGACCCCCUUACUGACCCACUGGGAAUCCAGGGACCUCCAACCCCUGUGGACCCAGGAACACCACCUGGACCGUCGCACCUUCUUCUCCCAUCUCCACCACCAACUUCCAGCCCAGUGCUUUUGCCUCGAGCUGACAAAAGACGAGCAUCUGAUGAUGCUAAUCCAGCAGCAGCCAAGAAAUUUGUGCUUAGAACCAUCAAGGACAUCUUGUCUGACAUCGUUUCCCUGUGUGAUCAAAAUGGUGCACAGAAUACAGCUUCCGAAGAAGUGCUGUUUGAAACAUCAUAUAUUGACAAGGAACGCCUGGCCCAUCUAAAAAAACAGUGUCAGCCACAUUUAGUCCAGGCAGCGCGUUCUUCAGUGGAAGGUAUAUGUGCCAAAAUAUAUCAUAUGUCUGUCGAAAAUGUGAAGAAGAUACGGGAAAAGCAUUGGACCAUUCUCAACCAGCAUGGCAUCGAAGAAAUCACAAGCCCAUUGCACGUGGCAAACCCCAAAAAAGUGUUCUGCUAUCCAGUCCAGUUUGCCAUCUCAUCACCUCGGUUACCAGCAGUGGAUGUGCUCACAGACAAAGACAGCACCCUCCUGCGCUACAAAGGAGAAGUUGUGCGCAUCAACACACUGUACUUUCAGAAACUUGAGCAACUUUACAGGUGGAACUGCACAGAUGACAGGAAGUUUGAGAACUUCCUUCCACGUGUUUGGUGCAUGCUGAAGAGAUACCAGACGUAUCUGGGCCUGUCGUCUAAUGAAGGUCAUGGGACUCAAAAUUCGCUGCCUGUGCUGGUCAUGGAGUGCUUGCACAAGCAUUUUGGGGUGACCUUUGAGUGCUUUGCAUCCCCUCUGAACUGCUACUUCAGGCAGUACUGCUCAGCAUUUCCUGAUACUGACAGCUUUUUUGGAUCACGAGGGUAUGUGGUCCAUCUUAAGUUUUUUCCUGUUGCUGGCUCAUUUGAGGUCAACCCACCUUUUUCAGAAGAACUCAUGGAGGCCACUGUGAACCACCUGGAGAGGCUGCUUACAGAAUCGCAGGAAUCACUGUCCUUCAUAGUCUUCUUCCCGGACUUUCGAGAUCCUGUUCCAGUGGCCUUGACCAAGCUUGAAGCCAGCAGGUAUAAGAGAGAGCAGCUAUUAAUUCCUGCCUAUGAUCAUGAGUACAGACAUGGAUUUCAGCACAUCAUGCCAAGGAAUGAAGUAAGUGUUCGCUCAACACAUGGGACGCACAUCAUCUUUCUGCAAAAUGAUGCUGGCUAUGCCCGGUGGGGUCCUACUCCUGAGCGGCUGGAUGCCCUACGCGAAAGCUACCGACCAGGCCUGGACCGUGAGCGAGACGUCGUUGCGGAGGUAGUCCCUGUGCCCUCAUUACCUUCAAAAGAUGCACCGCCAAAAGAGUCACCUCUUGGUGCCCCUAAGUUGCUCUAAACACUGGUAAACGUGGCUUUCUUUACUUCUCUCUCGUCAAAGGAGAAUUACAACAGUAGACUCUUCGCCAGGUAUUUGCUGAUGAAAACUUGAAAUUUAAGCCAUUUAAGGUUACCCAGCUGCAGCUACUACAUUUGCAGGACUCAGCACAAUGCAGUUUUUCUUUCCUGUUCUGGCUCCACAGUGUCCAGAUAACUUGCCAAGCACUUUCCAUCUCUGCUAGCAUCUUGUUAUGCCGCUGUUUUGGCUAUAUGCAACAUCACUUGCUGUCUAUUGUCGAUUCCUAACAUAGCUAAUGCAAAGUGAGAACUUGGAGAGCAUUAUUUGUUGGGCGAAUAUUUACCACAUUAUUCACUGGCAAAAAUAUUUCUUGCUUACGGUAAAGCAUCAUAGCACAUACAAAAAAAGCCAAACUUCAUGCAAGGAUUGGUGUGAAUGCAUUGUUAAUUGUUCCAGUAAUUUGUUUUAUACUUUAAAGAUUGAUUUUACAUUUACAAGUUAUGUUUUGUUUAUUGAAAUUUUAUAUAGCAGCACUCCUAAGUGGGCCAAUAUAGCCAAAACCAGAUAUAGUGAAUGCUAAGGGAAUCAUGAAUAGUUCAUAUUGAUAAAAGAUGUCUGAAUAGUCUUUCUUUAGCACUAAUUUAAACCUCUACCAGUCUGCAAUACUUUGCUGAUAUCAUGAGAGAGUUAGUGAUUUGUUGUGCAUGGUGUAUAAUGGUACGCACCAAUUCUCAACAACCUGGUAGCCAUUGGCUGCUUAGCGUGUUAUGCAUAGUGUGCAUCCUGCACACUGUCUUUACAUGGUGCAGGGAGACAUGUUAUUGUGUGCCUCCAUAGCUCCUGCUGGUUUCCUCUCAACAAUGAUGGCACCUAGGCAGAAACAGAGUGUCAUAGGCAUGAAAGAAAUUUAUUUUGUGCAUAAAAAUUUAACAUCUAGUGAAUACAUUUAUGUCAAAAUUGACAACCUGUCGCAAUGCUAAGCCUAAAUGCUCAUUUACAUCAGCAACAGAGUGCCUCUACAGCAAGUCUCUGUGUGCAAAGGCUUAUCUCACUCCAGCGAACACCACCUGUUGGAAGCAUUGAGGGAAAACUGCCAUAAGGCCACAGUCCAGCAUUUCAUUUGAUUAUUAAAAUACCGUAUGUUUUUGUGUAAGGGCCGCACCCUUAAAUUUAGAUGUAAAUAUUUUUGACAAAGGUAUUACAGAAAUUACUCAUGCAUAGGCCGCACAUCCCCUUCAAAGCACAUACCUUUUCAGCUGCUGCCAAGCAGCACAUGCUGCACUAUCUGAAUGGUACGCAGAGACGUACUGUGUGGUAUAUGGCGCUCCUCUUUGGUCUGUUUGUUGCUUUUAUAGUUAUAAGUGGUACGCUCAUUGAUCUAAAGCAUUGGCAUCACAAAAUAUGCAUUCGGGCACCACGUGGCUUGUCCCAUUGACCUUCAACCUAUGCAAUUGUGUGUAGCAUGAUAUCCUGUACCACUUUCUCUAGACAGCUCCUGCUUCUGCAUGCAUUCCUGAACAUGCGCACGCACAAAGGUUUUUAACGCAAUAGCGUUAGGGCCCCC